GGAGUAGAAAGACAAAAAAACCUCUGCUUUUCGUUCGGCAGGGCGAGCACGCCGUCGAGGCGGAAGCCACCAAGCGCAACGCGAUGCCUUCCUCCCGCCCCUCCUCCCCCUCGGCCCCCAUCGUCCUCCUCAGCGACAGCGGCGGCGUCUACGACGAGGACGCCGCCGCCGCCUCCGCCGCGCUCUCGGGGCCCGCCGCCGAGCGCAUCGCGUCGUCCCUAGUCACGCAGGCCGACGUCGACGCCGUCUGCAGGAAGCACGGCGUCCCGAGGGAGUUCGCCGCGCGCCCCGCCGGCGACCUGCGCGCGUGCAGCGCGCCUCCGCCGGGGGCCGUCUGCGUGUACGCCCACGCGCUGGAGGCUGGGGUGCGCUUCCCGCUGCACGCCUUCUUCCGCGACGCGCUCGCCCACUUCGGCCUCGCGCCGGGGCAGCUCGCGCCCAACGGGUGGCGCGUCCUGGUCGGUUUCUUCGCGCUCUGCCACGAGGCCGGCGUGCGGCCGUCGGUGCCGCUGUUCCGGCACUUCUUCAAGCUGCUCACCGUCACCAGGAAGGGCGGCUGGUACUGGUUCGGCUCCAGGGCAGAGGCCGGAGUGCUCUUCGCUGGCCUGAAAUACAACAAGUCUGACAGAGAGUGGAAAGGGGGCUUCUUCUUCCUGACGUCGCCGGAGCCGUGGCAGUGCCCCGUGCUUUGGGGCGAGCCCCCGUCCAAGCGCUUCCCCGCAGAUCCGGUGCUAACGAGCCAGCUGAAGCAGUCGGCGAAAAAGCUGCUGGAAGUACACGGCGUCGCGGUCAAUCUCCGGGCUUACCUCCGUAAGGCAAAUCUUGCUGCGGCCUUCUCCUCCAACCCCGCCGGCGCAUCACCUCCGCCUUCUCCUCCUUCUACUGUUCCCAAAGGGAUGGAUCCACCUGCCCGCGAAAUGACUGACAGUAUGCCAGUGGUGAGGACGGCGGCGCCGGCGGCAGGGACGGAGCAGGUGAAAGGCGAGGCGCACGGCGACACGCUUCCUAUGACCGGAAAGAAGAGGAGACGGGAGGAGGUAACUGCAACAGACGGGCUUGGCUGCGCCGCCCCGGUGUCUGACCCGCAUGCCCCACCGUCGCCGCCGAGCUUUGACCCGCGGUCACCGCACUCGCCCGUACCCGAGACACACGACGGAGAUAGCGCUGACUGGAUGGCCGCGCGGAAGGUCCUAGAUGGCAUCAUCACGCCGUCGCGGGAGCUCCAAUUCGCGACGUCGAAGCCCUCCGACGUCGUGGCGUCGAGCUACAUAGCAAUGCUCCAGGCCGCGAACUACGCGACCUUCUCCAUGACCUGCGCGCUGGAGCUGGACGAGAAGCUGGUGGCGCUGGAGCGCGACAACCUGGCGCUGUGGGAGCAGCUGGAGAAGGAGAAGGCGGCGAGGCAGGCAGUGGAGGCGGAGCUGGAGAGGGCAAAGCGAGAGCGCGCCAAGGCGACGGCGGUGCAGCAGUUCUUGGGGUCGGAGGAGUACACGCGGCGGGUGGCGGAGCAAGCGCUGCCGGCGUACUUGCGCGGCGCCGAGGAAAUGAAGCGCGUCGUGCUCCGGCACUACCCGCACCUCGACGCCGGCAAGCUGGAGCUGCCGCUUGAUUAGCUCGGUCUGAUUAGCUGGAAGGAAUUUGGAGUCGUUUUUGUUGAUCUUUUGGCGUACGUGGGGAAACUGUACUGCUCUAGAUAGCAACAUCAACUGCAGAGAUUUUGCUGGGCCAUGAACUACACACAUGCCUAUCCUAAUUUGUUGGUGAUGGAAGGUUUGUUCACGGUCAAGAUAUAUCACUUGUACGAGGAAAUCGACUCAAUGAUGUUGCAUGCAGUGAAUGUGUUUCAGGGUUCAGAUAAAAACUCGCCUUUUCA